UCACUGUUAACUUUUCAUUAACUACUUCAGAUUCAAUGCCAUACAUCAUGGAUUUUUCCAUUAAUUGAUUGUGAUCCCGCUGCACUUUCUAGGAGAUGCAGUUCAGCUGUUCGAUAAAAUGCUUGUGUAGGAUGUGUCUUUUUUGGCUUCUUUAAGUUUCCAUCAAUGUUUGUGAAAAUGGUAUCUACCUAUAUAUUCUCUUUAUUUGGCGAUUAAAAUUGAACUUCCCUUAUUUAUUCAUUUGUUUUGCGUUUUGCGUUGCUUCCUAAGCAGCGCUGUUAUUAUGUACUUAUUGGAAAAUACUAAAACAAUUCAUUACAAUUUUUUAAGAUUAUUGUUGUUUUUAUUAUUUUUUUUCAAUCAUAUUUUGUGAAACAUGAUUUAAUCUACUGAAUAUUCAUAUUUCCUGGAAUUUAAUUAUCAGUUGCAUUUAAAUUUUAGAUCAUAAUCCAAGUCUAGCUAAUUGAGUGGGAUGCACUUUCAUAUCGGAAAAGCUGAUUAUUUUAUAUGUUUUGCUCCACACACGCGCGCGCAUGCACGCAGAUGCAUGCUUGCAUGGGUGUGUUUGCGUCCAUUAUCUCCAAAGUUAGUCCUCAGCUUGUUUCAUACAGUUAUGCUGGCUAAAAGAGUCUUGGUUAAUUGGAGGGUCAUGUUUGAGUAUAAACCCUUUUACAAGAGAACAAUGUUUAUGCUUAUGCAGUAUACACCUGUGAAUAUGAAAUGUUUAGAGUUCAAAAUUUAUGGUGGGUUUAAGAAUAGUAACUUAUUGAUGCAUGAUUUUAUCAAUCAUUAUGUGAUAUCAUUGGGUAUGAAUAUUAUCAUGAUUGGUAUUUGAUUCUUCUUAAAUUAUGAAUUGAAAAAUGAAACAUGGCAAUUAGUAUAUUGUUAAUUGUUGCUUCAUUUGGUGGACCAUGCCUUUUGUUUCCAUGAGGCAGACCUGUUUUAAACGAGCUCAACCCAUGAUCAGGUCUCAUGAAGAAGCAAAUAGACUAGAAAAUCCUUUUUCCAACUCAAUGUGUCAUUAUCUUUUAUUCUUUCACACCUGCUAAUUGCUGGUUUAAAUCUUAAUCAUGCAGCCCAAAGGUACAGAGAUAUAAUUUCAGUACGUGAAUGAGAUCACUUGGUGUAGCUACACUUCCCUGUUGCCAUCAUCUUCUGCAUCAUCUUAUUACUUUGUAGAAUUUGCAAUCCAAUUUCCUCGGUUUUCUUGAUUCCCAAGUAUAAGAGAUUGCAUAAAGCAUUUAUUGUUAUUAGAGGAGAGGCUUUUCUUGUGCACUCACUUCCAUUGCUCUCUAUCACUGAUUCCUUGCAGAUGAAAAUGUAUGUUCUUCCUAUUCAUCUGCUACCUAGUCAAUUUUUUCAAACACAGCUUGAGACAAAACAGUUUAAUUACUUGUUACAGUCUAGAGGCCAAUGCUGGCGCUCUCACAAAUUUUGAGGUCCUUGACUUUUUACGAGCUAAAGGAGCAUCAAAAGAUCCAACAAGGGUUCUUGCUAAAGUAGCACAAUCUGAGUACAAGGUCUACGAUUAUCUGGUCGAUAGUGCUGUUUGUGAUCAAACUAGAGAGAAUAUCAAUGAGUUCUUGGAAAACUGCAAAAGGCAUGAUCUUGCAAAGGCUGAGGUUCUAAACAUAUUAAACAUCAGGCCAACUGCUGCUGUUGAAAUUUUUCCUAUUAUAGAGAAAUGCGAGGAUCGUUUUCCGGAUGAGGAGAUCGAAGAAAUAGUAGAGCUGGUGAAGAAAACAUUGCCGCCACCUCCUGCCAAGCCGGAGACUGAAGGUGUCACUCAGGCCACUGAAGAAAGUGCCGCUUUGAAAAAUGAGAAAGAUAGUGAGACUAGUCAAGUCCAAAAGCAAGAUGGGGAACAAUUGGACACAAGUUGAGACCUUCUAGUCGGUAUUGCAUGAUUAAGAGCAUUAUAGGAGCAUUAAGCAUACUGGUUAAUAUAUCGUUCUUGUCAAAUCGUACUGAUUUUAUUGGUUGGUCAAUGAGAAAUGAAGGAUCCACUGGAAUCAUGUGGCAGAGAACUUUCGAUAAUGCUUAUGUUUGGUGACUUGGAAAACACUGGGGACUCCAGGAUUGGUGAAUCCUUUGACCAAACAGUAUGUUAUUUCUUUUUUUCCAUUUUUUAUUGUUCAUAAAUUCUAUUGGAAGGUGUUGAGAUCAACCAUUUAAAAGUGAUUUUACGGAGUCUAAAA